AUGUGUGGACUUCGUGCAGGUGAUAGGAAAAGUAUAGAAAAUGCCUAGGAAUCUGGAUUCUUCCUCAGAAUUUUUAGUUGGAGAAAUUCAACAGUUGGUAGACACCCAGGGAAGGUCUCCCUAAAAUUAAGUGGGCACCACUUCUGGGGAGGAAGUUUGAUCCGAGAUGAUCUGGUGGUUGCAGCAGCACACUGCCUGCUUAGUCUCAGUGCAAUGCAAAUUAAGAAUCUGACUGUGACUGCUGGAGAGCACAACCUCUUGAAGGACAAGCAGGAACAGAUUAUUCCUGUUUCAAAAAUUAUUAGUCAUCCUGAGUAUAAUAGAUAUGGAAACAUGAAUUCUGACACUGCACGACUGUAUCUAAAACACAAAGUUAAGUUUGGAACUGCUGUUCAGCCAAUCCAUCUUCCAAGAGAAGGUAAAGAUGAAGCAGGGGUCCUAUGUAUGGCCAGUGGGUGGGGCAAAAUUCCAGACGAAAACUUUCAUUCAAACAUAUGUCUGGAGGAAAUACAGCUUCCUAUCUUAUUGGAGGACAAGCCAUGUAAUACUGUGCAUAAGACGACGAACCUGCCUCCCCUAGACGGGACCUUGCUGUGUGCCGAUUUUCCUGAGGAAGAAAAGGAUGCUGGCCAGGUGGGACAAAAUGUGAACAUCUACCCGAUGAUUUUGGAAGCUUGUAGCCCUCAUGGGACAGUAAUGAUUGGAGAAAGUGGAGUGAUUAUUUAUCCACAUUCGAAAAAAGGCAACUACUCUCCUAAUUGCUUGUGUACCAGGAAAAUAAUGGUUCCAGAAGACAAAAUUAUCCUAAUAAAAUUUACAAGUUUAGACAUAGAAAAUAAACUUAGAUGUGAUCAUGACUAUGUAUCUUUGCAAUCAAGUAAAGGAAUGUUUAUUAGUAAGGUCCGUGGAGAUACCUUGCCCUCCCCUUUGCUGACAGACACAAAUGAGGCCACCUUAACAUUUGUUUUAGAUACAGAAAAUGGUGGCAGAGGCUGUGAGCUCACCUGUACUGCUGUGCAGAGGAACACAGAAGAAGAUUCAGGCUAGGGGAGUGUGGCUCUACUGGUAGAGGAAGGCACAAUUCACUCUGCCAGAUAUCCCGACUUGUGUCCCAGCAAUGUACCAUGUUUGAGAUUUCUAGGAGAUUAUCAGUGUGGAGGCAUUAUCAUCAACCCAAUCUGGAUUCCGACUGCAGCCCACUGUGUACAAUUGACAAACAAUCCACUCUACUGGAAUGUUGCUGGGGAUCGUGAUAGGGCCCUGAAAGAACUGACAGAGCACUUGGUAAGGCCAAUGUGCCUCCCAUGGAGCACAGAGCCUCUGCUUUCUUCCAAGAUCUGUACACUGACCGGGUGGGGAAGCACUAGUGAAGUGCCCCAGCAAGGUUGCUUACAGCAGACUCAAGUGCCUGUGUUAGAAAGGGGUCUAUGAAAGAACUUACUAUCCUGCUCACCCUGGGGGAUCACAGAGAAGAUGAUCUGUGCUGGUUUCACAGCAUCUGGAGGGAAAGAUUUCUGCCAGAGAUCCUCUGCUGGCCCUUUAGUAUGGAGCCAUGAGCAAGGCCCCUUUGUCCUCUAAGGCAGCAUUAGCUGAGGUGCUGGCUGUACCAGCCAAGACAGCAGCUGUAUUUCCCAGAGUGAGAAUGUUCCUGGACUGGAUCCAAUCCAACAUGAAAGGGAAAAUUUUCAGGAACACAGUUAUGGUUGCUUCAUAAAGAAGGAAAAAUUAAAACAUAUUGAGGUGGAGCGAAAGGAGCCGAGAGGCUUUUUUUCAACCCCAAUGUAGCCACUGGAUUAUACAGGAAAACUGGAAUGUUCUUGGGGGCUCAGAGUGUCACCAAGCGGCAUGGCCAAAUUUAGUUAUCUGUUUCUCCCUGAGUCCUAUAUGUGCCGAGAUGCAGUUCUAACUAUUUAUGAAGAAAUCUGUACAAAGGGCGGUAAAACAACCAGAUUUGCCGAGAGCUCAAUGGAAGAGCAUUUGGUCCCUGGUGAGGAUACUGUAUUGACCAAACCAGCAGGAAUCAUACCGAUUCCUAGCUCUUCUCAUGGAACCACUACAAGGCGCUAUGUGUUCUCGCGAUAUUUCCGGAGGCUCCGGAGUCCGGGCGACCCGGGCUUCUGUGAAACAUGGCGGUCGGCUGGGGCCGUAACACAAGGUAAACUACUCACCCCGCUGUGGGCGCUGCUCGUAGGUCCCGGGGAUGCUGAGGGCGUGGAUACAGGGACGGGACUGAGCACCUGA